AUGGUGGAGGAGCAGCACCGGCCGGACAACAGCGUGCUGGCGCCCCUACCUCCCUGGAUCCCGGCGUCACUCCACCACCACCUCCUACAUCCCACAGCAGCGGCCGCCCAUGCCGCAUGUGCGUGCCUCCGUCCUCCUCCAGGCGCUGGCAGCGCGCCCCGCCCCACGCCGCCUGCCACAUGCGCACCUGCCCCAAACCGCUGGCUCGUCGGCUUUCCAGGCUGCCGCUGGCUUGUUCUUCCUCUGGCCACCACAAGCUCGCCGUCCGUUCAUCUUCGCAACUUACUGAAGCUUGUUCUAUUCUGCUUGUUUUUAGAGGAAAAGAGAUGGUUCUUCACUGUCUUGCUCGUGUAUGCCAAUGAUGUGACGCGGUUCAGCUACUUGUGCAUUUGCACUAAUGAUAAUUCAGCCGUGUUUGCUUGUCUAUGUGGCCAUGGAUGCACCCAGCGAAGGACAACGAUGGGCAAAAAAGUGAUAGUGCAGCUGCUUGCCUCCUCUUCAUAUUCCAUACCAGAAAACAUCCUUCGCCCCUUUAUUUUCUUCACGCCGCCGCGCCGGCCCCCGCGAAGCGCCGCCGCACCGGCCAGCUGCCCCAAAAGUACAGACAGCCGCGGCCGCCUCCUGAGCUCCGCCUUCCAGGCGGACAACAUGUCUGCCUCCCGACCUCCGCUGCAAUUCGUGGCCUCUUCCACCUGCAGGUCGUUGUCUCCUACUACUGCAGACAAAAUGGUCAUCACAAGAUUCCCAAUGGAGAAAAUAAAAGAAGAUGGUGGUUUGAUAUCAGGAAGCAAGUGCUAGUACUAUAACAAGUCCAACUCAUCAUCGCCCAGACCAAUCGGAAGGAGGGCGAGGAUAUUCAUCUUGGCAGUACAACUGCACCCGCCACUGCCGUUCACGACAAGAGCUGCGUGCAGGCCACCCCAUGCUCCGCCCUAGAUUUUUUUCAAUGAUCAGGCCGCCGUCGUCAUGGUUCCUUCCCCACGGCGGUCGUACUGGUUCAUGUGCAUUGUCAUCGGUCUUUUUUCGGUUGGAGACAGGGAGCGGCCCCAGGGAGCCCCUUCGUUAGUGGUUCAUUGGUAUCUCAAAUAUUAAGGUUGAAGGAGCUCCCUUCCGUUCAAUGGAUUCAACAAAAUAAUCCAUGCUGCCUACUAGAACUUGCGUGUGUACUGUGGCGUGUGUGCUGAUGCAUGCCUGGUGUCUGAUGCGGAAUGCGAGCAUGUACACAAACUUAACUGAAUGAUAUCCAUGACAGAGAACUUGGUGCCGAGGAAUGGAGCGCAAGUACGGAUGGUGCUUCCAUAAUCUUAGGCGAGCUUGCGAAUCUGUAGCACCCUGGUGAUUUUAGUAGUGCUAUUAGUCAUGGAGUGAACAUGGACAGAUGAAUGCGUCGCUAAACAGGGCUGCCGAAUUUGCAUUAUCACCAUGCUUUUUCCAUUCGUAUUCAGGUUGCAAAAAUGUUCUUGUAGUCGAUCGAUCUAUCCAGUGGAUUCAGUCCAGAUGCUAGCUUAUUCUUGGGAAGUCUUGAUUUGGAGGAAAAAAUCAUGUUGACUAGCUGUUGUUAUGCCUCAAAGCAGAGACUUUAUCUUACAUUUUGAUAUCUAAUGUUGGUUUAUACUUCUCUGAAUUUAUUUAUCCAUUAUGCUCUAUUACUAGAACAUCA